GUACCGAAGCCCGAGAAGAGAAGCAGCAGAGCCUCCACAAAGUUAGAAGGUUAACCAUGGCGUUCCGCAUAGCCCUCGCCCGCCGCCUCCUUAACCUUUCCAAGACUGUCUCCUCCUUCUCCUCUUCCCUCGCCCCGCCUCCCACCUCCUCCUCGGCCGCCGCCGUGCCCAAAUUAGGCCUUCUCCACCAAUCCCACGCGCGGUUCCCCUUCGCCGUCACCGGCGACUUGCCCCAUCGUGUCGGAGAUCGGAUCCGUUUGGAGUAUCUAUCCCUGCCGGAUGAGGAACAGAGGGUGACGGUGUCGCAGGCGAGGAAGGUGCUGAGGGCGGCUCAGAUGGAGGCGGUUCGGGAGAAGCUGAAGGGGCUCGGCCGGAGCUGUAUCUCCUACGCGGAGUUCGUCCAGAUCUGCGGAAACGUCCCCGGGAUCGAGACAUCGACGGGUCUCGCGAAGGCACUGGAUGAGUCCGGCGCUGUCGUCGUCUUCGGCGAUGUUGUCUUCCUCCGCCCCGAAAUGGUAGCGAAGGCAAUCGAGAGGAUGAUUCCGUCUCCAGCACAAGAUGAGAGCGAGACGGAGGAGCUGAGGGCGAUGGAGGCGAAGAAAGCGUGGAUCGAGAAGGCAGCGGCGGCGGCGGUGCGGAGGGAGAUGUGGGCGGGGCUGGGGUUCAUCGCGCUGCAGACGGCGGGCUUCAUGCGCCUGACCUUUUGGGAGCUGUCGUGGGACGUGAUGGAGCCGAUCUGCUUCUACGUGACGUCGGCCUACUUUAUGCUGGGCUACGCCUUCUUCCUCCGCACUUCGCGGGACCCCUCCUUCGAGGGCUUCUUCCAGACCCGGUUCGAUGCCAAGCAAGCCGGCCUCCUGAAGGCCCAUGGCUUCGACGUCGACCGGUUCCACCGGCUCAGGAAAAGGAGACGAGCUAUGGCGAUCGAUGCCUGAUCGAGGCUAAUUCUCCUCCAUCGAUCGGCCUUUCUCUCAUUGGUGCCAUUAGAGUAGAGGACACACCACCUCCUUCGUGGAGGCUGUAAAUUAAGUUUUUCGUUUCUUUUAUUGCAGUAAUGAAUAAUUACUGAACAUAUUGAGAGAGAAUUGUUCGUGAUCGCCGUGAUCGCGAAAGCAGAGCUAAAGAAGGGACGUGAAUUGAAGUGCAUCUUGCUCUGCUGAGCGAGAGCCUAUCGUAUGUGACUCGGCCCACGUGCUAGAACGGCCGAAUUAUUCUUCAAGCCCUAAAAUAUAACUUUAUUUUACA